CUGAAGUGUAAUAUGGAGGGUGCCAUUGUACAAGCUGAACCAGAGUCAGACUCUGACCAAGAAAUGCCAAACUUAUUUGAUCCUGAAACUGUUGUCAACAUUACUCCUGAACAAGUGGCAGCUGCUGAAGAGAAAAUCAGAGAUAAGUUUGCUUCCAGGAUAGAUAUAAACACUAUCGAGCGGCCGGGAAUCUGCAAUAUUUUCCCUAGAGAAGAAUUUAAGCAUGAAUCAUCAGAAGAAUACCUCAAUUCUGAGAACUACCAAGCCCUUCUGUAUCAGGCUGCUCAUAAUGUGUACAAUUUGAAGAGAGAGAAGUUUCCAGAGAGCGAAUUGCCAGAAGAUUAUGAAGACAAGUACAUAAAGUUCGAGUAUUUGGAAUCAUCUCAAUUGCACAAGUAUACUCCAGUCAAUGAAGAGGAGUAUGUCAAAAAGGGAAUGCAUUUAAAAUAACAAAUUCACCCCUGUAAGCGAUGAAGGCAAGGGCUUGACAUACAAGAUGUGGAAGACCAAUGCUAGACUGAUCCGCUCAAUAUUGGACCUGCACGGUUUUCAACAAGUCGCUGGCUUUGACUGCUCAAUCCUUUGGACCAACACUGUUGGUAAAAGACACAUGUUCUAUGGGUUUAAUGACUAUCAAUGGAUUAACCACUUCCCAAGCUCCUAUGAGAUCACAAGAAAGAUGGAUUUGUACAAAAAUUUUGAUAUGAUGAGACAAAAAUACAAGAGUUCUGAGUAUAAUUAUUGCCCGAUGACAUUUCUGAUGCCGUCCCAGAAGGAAGAUUUCAGAGCCUAUCUACACUCACUGAAAGAAAGCGAAGAGCAUAACCCAGACAAACUCUUCAUAGUCAAGCCAAAUAAGCUUUCGAGAGGUAGAGGGAUUUAUCUGAUAAAGGACAUUGAAGAUCUUGUUGACGAAGAAGGAGUUGUCAGUGAGUACGUAGACAACCCUCUUACCAUUAAUGGCCAUAAGUUUGACCUCAGGAUCUACGUUGUUGUUACAAGUUUCUAUCCAUUAAAGAUUUAUGUUUACAGAGAGGGUUUGGCUAGAUUUGCAACAGAAAAGUACUCUAAGAAAGCAGCCGGAACUAACUUGUAUGUUCACUUGACCAAUUAUUCCAUUAAUAAAAAGAAUAAGAGCUUUAAGAGAAAUGCAAAAAUGCAAGAUGACACUCUUCCUUUCAAAUGGUCUCUCACUGCGUUCUUCAACAGGCUCAAAUCUUGAGGAAUUGAUGUUGACUUGAUGUGGGAACAGAUCUAUGACUUAAUCAUCAAAAGUAUUCUCUCAAGCGAGAAAUAUAUCAGCUACUUCACUAAGGAGCACUUCACCAAGGUAAACAAAUCCUUUGAAAUUUUCGGCUAUGAUGUAAUGAUAGAUCAGGACCUUAAGCCAUGGCUGAUGGAAAUAAACCUGUCACCUUCACUCUCGCUUGAAUCAAGUAUGGACAUCAAGCUCAAGACUAAACUCAUCACAGAUAUGUUCAACAUGUUCGGAUUCCGAAAGCUAUCGACUGCAACUCUAAAGGAAGGGACGCCUUGGGAUGAAGAAAAGGACAAAAGCUCUAUUAUAAAAUCCCAGCCUCCAAAGCACAAAUGCAAGAAUUACAAGUACCUCAUCCCUGCCCUCGAAGAAAGAAUCCAAGAAGGAGAAUACGAUGAGGAUGUGAAAGCCAAAAUGACAGACAUCGCUUCGUCAAAAUACUUCGAGCAUAUCAUCGAGGCUCUGGCUGAGUAUACCAGGAAGGAAGACUUUAUCAGAAUUUUCCCAGCGAAAGGGUCAAAGAGAUACUUCAAGUUCUUUAAAUUUGACCUUGAAGUUAACCAGAAGUUGUACGAAUUCCUAUAUGAAUAGAGGCAUAAAUCUUUUAAACUAAUAUUCGC